AUGAAAUGUGUGCUGUUUAACUAUUUUAGGUCGGAAAUAAAGCAUUCACAGCGACGAACGCAAAGUGAAGCAACCACCGAAUGUGCUACAGAAAUAACAGAACAAGCCAUUCAAAAUGUUUAUCAAGGUAAUCCCUAUGCGUCCACAAACAUAAAUAGCCCAAAAUGAUAUACUAUUACAGUAAACAAGCAAUAGAAUGCCAUAUCAAUGUUGAUAAAUUGUCAAAUGGGUAGUUCAAUAAAUGGAUGUAAUGCAUUGAACAUGGCCGAUUACAAUGGAUUACAAUUUCUUUAAGGCCAAGAAACAUCCACGCCGUUAAAAACUGGAGAAAGCCUACAGCUUCCUUCUCCAUCUGAAUCCCCUGUUAUUGGAGAUGAAGUCGAGGAUAAUACCAUUGCAACAAUUGAUGCGAAUACAAGCUUUGCUCGGUCUGAUGCAACCCUUCUUGACAGGUACUGAUUGUAAAGUAAUAUUUGUAGUUUAUUAUGGAAUUGUGAAUGUGCGUAGCAACAAUAUAUUUGUUGUAUCUCAAAUUAUUUAUAUCUAGUUCUACUAUAACCAAUGCAAUAAAUGUGUCCAUGUUCACGGAUGACGAGGAUGAUGUCAGUGAUGGCAGUCUGGAAGAUGCUGCCAGUUAUAUCAGGUAAAAUAUGUCAGGUCAUAAAUACUUUUACAAGAAUGGAACUAAUUGAGUCAUAAACAUCAGUGUCCCUUACAGCAUACAUGAUCUUACCAAAUCAGCUCUCGAAGAUUUGAAUGCAGAGAAGCAAAGUUAUUCAGAGUAUGUUAUCUGUUUGAAGCGAUGUGGGAGUAUGUGUGGGAUGUGUUAUUUUGACUCUGGGCAGUGGAAGAUUAGUCUGUUGUUGCUACUGUGCCUGAGAACAAAAAAGAUUUCAUGCUGCCUCUCUAGAAAUUUUGACCACUCAGGGAAGUUAUCUGACAUCAAAUUUCACACAAACCAUGUCAAAAACCCUAUAGAUAAACUACAAACCUGGCAAAAAUUUAUAAAUUAAUGAAUGGUUAAUUAAAGGUCCAAUCCUGAUUCUAGUUAUAUUGAAGCCUAAUAAACAGAAGCAAACUGAAAAGGGAUCUUUAUUCUUUAUUUGUAAUAUACUAUCUAUUAUUUAUACAGCACUAUAUUUUGUUAUUUUUAGCUCCAUAAGUUCAAGUAGUGAUGAGGACUCUGAUUCAUCUGAUCUUGAUUUGGGUCAUGAGCCAUCUGAUGAACAUCAGGACGAUGAACAUCGGGAAGAUUAUUCACAGCACUCGAUCAGCACUCCUGCAGUUAGUUAUGGACCUCAUCGGAAAUUCAGCCGAGGGGAUGAUGCGUAUGAUUUGGAAGAAGAAUUCAGUAUGGUGAAAGAACAAAAAUUUGUUUGCUCUCUGGAUAUUCUUCUUGCAGUAUUUCAAGCAAGAUGCCAUACUCCUGGGUGCACUGCUUUACCCACUGUAAAACUUAGCUUUGUGGGUGUAACAGUGAUUGUGAAUUGCCAAUGUCCAUCCGGGCAUAAAUAUAGGUUUUGCUCCUCUCACUUAGUAAAUGACAUCUAUGCCAACAACCUACAGGCGGCCGCCUCAGUCAUUCUAUCUGGAAGCAAUUUUUGCAAAGUAGAGCGCAUGGCCAAUUUUCUAAAAUUGGAAUUUCUGUCCAAGUCAACAUACUAUAGAUUGCAGCGCCUGUAUUUGAUCCCUGAAGUAAAUGAGUGGUGGGCUUUGAUGAGGGGUGAAUUGAUCAAGGAGUUCUCAGGGAAAGAUAUUGUUCUUGGUGGUGAUGGCCAAUGUGACUCUCCAGGCUUCAAUGCCAAGAAUCUUUGCUACUUCAUGAUGGAAGCAGAAUCAAAUUACAUUCUUGACAUUGAAGUAUUGGAUAAGAGGCAUGUUGGUCUAAUUUCGACAAACAUGGAGAAAGAGGCAGUGCGGCGAAGUCUGAAUCGUCUUACUACGGAAAUUAAAGUGGCCGAGCUGGUGACCGAUGCCUCCACUUCUGUAAAAGCAUUAAUGGGUAUUUUUAAAUAUAAUUUAUUUUACAAUCGUCAUGAUUCAGAUAAUGUUUUUAUAUGUUUUGGAACAUUAUAUGCAUAUCAUGGUUAUUAAUUUCCUUCAGGUGUGUAGUCUGCCCCCCCCCAAAUCCCCCCCCCCGGCUAUAUGCCUGCUUUUCUUUGUGUUUCCUUGAUAAAUCAACAUUUUCACUUUUAGAAUCAGAAUAUAAAGACAUAACAUACAGUUUGGAUGUGUGGCACAAGUCAAAAAGUAUUAAAAAAUGUCUGACAAAGGUUAGUAUGUUGCAAUACGUCACACACAGGCAUAUUGGAAUUGCAUGGCUGAUGGCUGUCAGAUAAAUGUAAAAAAUCACUGCAAAAUACAAUUAUUAUUACCAUUUUGUACAUUAUCCGUACUGUACUUAGUGUGAUGUGCAUUUUAGUUGAGCAAACCAAAAGCAAUGCAGAAGAUAAAAGACUGGUCUCCUCACAUCAUCAGACAUUUCUGGUAUUGCUCUAGUGCAUGUUGUAAAGAUGAAACCACCACAGAUGAAGAAGCACUAAGACUUAUAAAG